UCUAGUUCAUGCACCUGAACAUAAAUAGAUAGGGUAUAAAUACUAUACUGUUUGUGGUGAGGUUUAUACUCUUAACCUGAAAGAUGCAUAUUGAGUUGUCUGAUGUCAAUUGGAUGGCGUGAAGCAUUUCAGAUGACAUGGCGUUUUCUUUGCAGUUUUCCUCCACCCAACUGUAUAAGAUAAAUAUAUAUUCAUGGUUGUACGUUAUCUGGGAUGAUGGCUAUAUACAUGAUCCAGUAAAAUUUGAACUGGUGGCAUGCUUGUUUUUAUUGCUAAUUUUGCUGGCUACUACAGUGGCUCAUCAGUCUCCAGAAUUUGAUGUUGUGCUCACUAAAGUGGCUGAUCAAUCUCCAGAAUUUGAUGUUGUGCUCAUACAUGAUCCAGUAAACGUAUCUAUUUCGAAGCAUCUUCUAACUCCAUUGGUUUCUGGCUAGGAAAUAUGUCACAUGUCAACUGCAUUUCGAUUGGCCAUACUUUUAGCCCAUAACAAGCAUGUUUACAGUUUUAUUUCUUCUGAAGCUACCAUGCUCUUGUACAGCUGGCUACUAAUCUUGCUUGAGGUCUAGUGUGCUACUUGGCUGUGUGCAGUGCAGGGGAUCAACGGAUCAGGCCUGAGGUGUGAAGUGCUACUGAUCUGGUCCAACCAUGGAGCACGAAAGAACAUAGGACCGGACAUGAUCCCUUCAUGUGAAUUCACAUCAGCACAACAUUUCAAACACAUAAAAUCAAUCUCUCCAAGAAGAAUUGCAGCUUUUUAUCAGACUGGGACAGAAGGAUGGCUGCAACACCAAGGUGAACAUAUUCUUUCUGAAACGAACCCUUCUUUGUUUAUCAAUAUAUGUGCGGCCGGUGCUGGCUGAUCAAACCAACCUUCUGGCAUGUAAAGGUUCGAUUGUUCCAACAGCUAGCAAUGCUGAGCCUGGUGGCAUCACAUGAAAAUGGAUGGAGAGCAAGACGAUAUCUCCAAUCGAUAUUUACACCACACCAUCACCAAGCAUCCCAUUAAAAACGUGAUAUUCACGGGCGUGCGCUCUUCAGCCAACCAGGCACUGCUCGGUUCUCAACAAGCACCCCAUUAUGCCAGCCACCCCAGAGGAGUUGCUGGGCCUCAUCGAGCCUGCACCUCCGAGCCCUUCCGUCUUCCUCGACCAUCCAUCAAUGACACAUGGUGACUCAGGGCUGCCUCAGGAUGAUCAAACCCUGGCAAACAUCUCACGCAUACUUAUGGAGGAAGACGACAUUGUCGACAAGUUCCUCUACCAGUACCCUGACCAUCUGAAGCUCCAGCAGGCCGAGCAGCCAUUCGCCCAGAUCCUCUCCGGUGCUUCCACCACGUCAUCCAAUGCCCAGGAAUCCUCAGCACCCGACACACUUGCCUCGACCGUGCUGCCUAGCAAAGGCAACAACAUGGACGACAAGGUUUGCAGGUUCUUUUCUCGCGAGGUACAAGAUCCAACCUUCUACUUGAAUGGUACUUGUGUGGUGGAGCCCAACAAUAUGGUGUUCCCCGGAGAGGGCAGCACCAGCAUGGACAUGCUGUCGAGUAUGGCAUUCUUGAAAGGCACGGAGGAGGCCAACAUGUUCUUGCCCAGAGACAACGCGGUGGUGGAUGGUAGGGGGCGUAAGAACAAGUUUAGCAUGAGUGGUGAUACGGAGGCGGACUUGGGAAGGAGAAGCAAGCAAAUAGUGGUGCUGGUGCAUACUGACACUGAUGAGGAUGCCAUCGCGCUCCAGAAGUUGGAUCGGCUCAUCCUCAAUGGCUACGACAAGUACCUCAAUAGUAUGCAGGAGGUAGUACGUGUCACUUUGGAUAAGGAGAACAAGGCAGCACAGCUGAGCAUCUACAGGCGUGGGAGGCGCGGCAUGAGACAAUUGGCAGUGACUGACCUAGAAACACUGCUGAUCCACUGUGCAGAAGCAGUGGCCAGCAAUGACCGACACGGUGCGCGCGAGCUGCUGCUCAGGAUCAAGUGGCACUCCUCACCGGCAGGGGACGCGAGGCAGCGGCUGGCCCAUUACUUCUCCCAAGGGCUGGAGGCGCGGCUGGCAGGCACGGGGAGCCAGCUCUAUGGCGCACUCAUGGGGAAGCGCACCUCUGUCGUGGAGCUCAUCAAGGGCUACCAUCUUUACGUGGCAGCCUGUUGUUCCCUCAAGGUGUCGUUGCUCUUUUCUAACAAGACCAUCUACACAUCCGUUGCAGGGAGGAGGAAACUGCAUAUUGUGCACUACGGCAUCAACACUGGGUUCCAGUGGCCAGAGUUGCUCCGGUGGCUGGCGGACAGGGAGGGCGGGCCACCAGAACUAAGACAGUCAUGGUAUCAAUGGAUCACUGGCAUUAACAACCCUCAGCCUGGGUUACAUCCGGCUGAGCAAAUUGAGGAGGCAGGACGCCGGCUCAGCAAUUGCGCUCGCCAGUUUGGCGUGCCAUUCAAGUUCCGCGCCAUUGCAUCCAAGCCAGAGGCUGUCCGGGCCGAGGACCUCCAGAUUGAUCCUGAUGAGGUCCUCGUUGUGAACAGCGUAUUCUUUUUCAGGAUCUUGAUGGAUGAGAGCGUCACCUUUGACAAGGUAAGUCCAAGGGACAUGGUGCUCCACACUAUCAGGAAGAUGAAGCCAGCCGUGUUCAUCCAAUCGGUUGUCAAUGGAGCGUACAGCGCGGCGUUCUUCAUGACACGGUUCCGCGAAGCGUUGUACUACUUCACGGCGCUUUUUGACGUGAUGGAGACCACCAUUCCACGGCACAAUGAAAAGAGACUGCUGGUGGAGCGGGACAUUCUUGCACGGUCUGCCAUGAACAUGAUAGCCUGCGAAGGCGCAGACCGGGUGGAGCGCCCUCAGAACUACAGGGAAUGGCAGUCACGGAACCAGCGGGCAGGGCUGAGGCAGCUGCCCCUGGACCCUAAUAUUGUUCUGAUGCUCAAGGAGAUAGUGAUGAAUGAGUACCACAAACAUUUCACCGUCAACGAGGAUCAUCGGUUGCUUCUGCAUGGAUGGAAAGGCAAGGUGCUCUGCGCCCACGCGACAUGGGCUGCUGAUGAUGCUAGUGGUUCUGAAUUGGCAUAGGUAGGUUGAAGUACCAAUGGAUAUACUCAUAUACAUUUCACUUAUUGUUUGUCAAGUAUGGUACGGUAGGUUUUCAUCAGUGUUUGAUCCCUAUCUGUCUUUUGCUGUGUCAGAUGUGUGUUUCCUCCGUUAUGUAUCUGUGACUGAGUAAAAGAAACCAUGGCCAUGUUGGAUAUGUUUCUCAGAG